CUGCGCUGGGAGACGCUGGAAGCCCUGCGCGCCUCCAGCAAAGGCCGGCUGAAAUACUUCCGUCAUUCGGACAGGGAUGAGGAUAUCUUGGAAGGAUGCAUUUCUCCUCUGGUGCUGUCCUCCUAUGCCGGCUGGGUCCUGGAUAGGAUGGCCGGUUCGCCGGCCCAGGUGGCGGCACGCUCCGGUUGUGCGCCCAGAGGAGUCGCUUCUCACGCAGCUCCGCCCGCUGAGGAGAACUCAGCGCCCGCCCGCGAGGAGCCCUCGUCGCCCUCACGGAGUGAGACCAAGGGAAGCAGUGAUCCUGGUGUGCUAGAAGUGAAUCAAGAAGUCCUUCCAAUCCCUCCUGUAUCUAAAAUGGCAAAAGUUGAAGGCUGCAUUCAGAUGUAUGAAGAGAUAUACAGGAUGAAAGGAAGGGAGAGGCUCCAGCAGCGGCAGGAGCAGCAGGAGCAGAUGGUGAGGGCAGCAUAUGACAUGGCAAGAGAACAGCUGAAACGGUUUGAUGAAAUGAAGGAGCUGAAGCGGCGUCAGGAGAUCCAAGAAUUGCGAGAAGUGAUGGAGAAGAGUUUAAAGGAAACUCAGGGACAGCAAGAGAAGUUGAAAGAAGAACACCGACACAGAGCAAAGAUACUGAACCUAAAGCUGCGUGAGGCAGAGCAGCAGAGGCAGCGCCAGGAAGAGCAGGAGCGAUUGCGUAGGGAAGAAGGCCAGGAAAGACUACGUCGCCUCUAUUCAAUUCAGGAGGAACUGCUGCAGCUGAACCAGCAGAUUGAUCCCAAUUACAAACACAAGGACUUGCCGAAAAUUGACCUUUCUGCAUACAGUAAUCGAGGAAACCAGAUCUGUGGGCUGGUGUCAGGACUCAUCCGCACCACCAGUGAGAGAGGUUUUCCUUCUCAAAUGGAUGUGGCCAAUACUGAACAAGCCCUGAAGGAAAUGCGAGGGCUAAUCUCCAGCAUGCAGCAAGAAAUUGCUGCAGCUGUGGAAGAAAAGAAGAGGAGAGAUGAGCAGGAAAAGAAACAGAAGCAGGAGGAGUUACUGAAGAAGCAGCAGGCAGAAGCUCAGACUCCUGCCCCUGCGCAGCCAUCGGGAGGAAAGCAGCAGAAGGGAGCACUUUCAGUUAAGGCAGAGGAAGGCAUUAUGAAGUGGCACCGGCAGCUUCAAGAUGCUGCAGCCCAGUGUGCUGCUGCGUUCAGUGCAAUGAGCCACUCCAAAGACAGUGAGGUUAAGAAGAUAAGAAUGGAAUUGCAGAAAGCGGUUACCAUCCCUGUGAGCCAGAUCUCUACCAUUGCAGGCUCUCAGCUAAGACAGAUAUUUGACAAGCUCAAUAACUUGCUCUCUGGAAAGCCUGUUCAGAGCGUAGGGGAAACUGUAUUGGUGACUCAGCUCCCACAAGGCCUGGAUUUUGUUCAUUACAAGCUUGCAGAGAAAUUUGUGAGACAAGGAGAAGAAGAAGUAGCUUCUCACCGUGAGUCAGCUUUCCCAAUUGCACUGGUGAUAUCAGGAAUCUGGGAAGUGCACCCUCGAGUUGGAGAACUCUUUUUAGCUCAUCUGCACAAGACAUGCCCCUAUUCUGUGCCGUUCUACCCUGCAUACAAAGAGGGGGCUUCUAUGGAAGAAUAUCAGAGGAUGCUUGGGUAUCUAGUUCAGGAUUCUAAGAUGGAAGAGGAAGAUCAUUUUCUUAAACGGAUGUCCGGACUGAUUCGUCUGUAUGCUGCUCUCAUUCAGCUCCGCUGGCCUUACGGGAACAAACAAGGGGCACAUCCUCAUGGGCUGAGCUAUGGGUGGUGCUGGCUUGCUCAGAUGCUGAACAUGGAACCUCUUGUGGUUGUGACAGCCACACUUCUGUAUGAUUUUCUGGAGGUGUGUGGCCAUGCUCUCAUGAAACAGUACCACUGUCAGUUCUGGAAACUGUUGCUGCUGAUGCAAGAAGAGUAUAUCCCACGGAUUGAAGCAAUUACCAACGUUGGACAGAAGGCCUCUUUAACACGUUUCAAGCAAUUCCUGGAGGAAAGUCUACAGAAAAAGGACAUCCCAUUACCAAAGGGCUUUUUGCAGCCUUCCUUUUGGAGGUCCUGAAUUGCUGCAUACUUCUCCUCCCUGGAUACCAGUGCUGUCAGAGCUCCUUCCUGACUGAACAUUUUGAACGUCGAUGGACAGGAAGUUUAUGUUCCAUCAAUUUGUUUCUGUUUAAUAAUAAUUUUAUGUUGGAUGGAACAGAGUCCUGUUUUAUUUGUUGGAAAUGAUGGAAGCUGGUCUUUGUAUUUUUAUAGGCUUUUGUAUAGUAAAUUAUGGAACACUGAGGAUUUCUACUUUGCAUGUUUAGACGUGCAGAAGAUGCUUUAAGUGCAGCAUUCUGAUUACUUCUAGAUUUCAGAACUGAAACAUUCGCUUGGUGCUGUUCUGUUCAUGGAAGUGAAAAUACCUCAAAGCUUUAUGAAGUCUUAACAGAGCAAUCAAUCUUGGAAACACACUGGGGAAACCUUGAAGUUUUGUUAUUUAUUGUUUCUCAUUUGUAUAAUUUGUUCUCAACUAUGGUGUUGUAUUUACAUCCUGUUUCUUGCAAACAACAUCUUGAAAUUACCGAGAGAUUGGUAAAAGGUAUUUGGCCAAUCAGCCUUGACAUUUAUCUCUGUUGAAUGUAACUUUGCUCCAAGACGGUGCUCUUCAUAUAAGAGAGGUAGACUUGCUGUUUUAAAAGGUGUAUGGAUAGUAACUCGAUGGGGAAAGAACUGAGUUCCUUAAACUACAGAAAUGUCCGUUAUCCACUGAAUAAAUGGAAAUUAAUAAUCUAUUUUAAUAAAAAAGUGGUGAAAGGAUGCAUUCAUCGAAGCACUUUUGCCAGUGUUUGCCAUCACUUGAGGGGGAAGUGGCACACUUGAGUUCCUGCAGUGCACUGCAUUGUAUUUUAUCAGCGCCUUUUAAUAUCAGUAUACUUCUUUCAAUGUUAUGCCAUUUUUAUUUAUCAAGUACUGUAAUACUUUUAUGCCAAUGGUGGAUUAUUCUGAGAACAGUUCAUUUUUAGAAUCUGUUUAAUAUUAAAAAUGUAUUAACUUUUUUUUUCUCUCUAAUCUGAUGCAGCUUGUGUCUUUUCUAUAGCUGCUGGAGGGAGAUGUCAGUAAACUCAGUGGCUUCCUUCCUAGUGGAUGUGGGAGAUGAGGGUAGGAGGAGGUGUCUUCGAUGUACAGUGCUGUUCUUGAACUAUUUUGGUGGUCUCCAAGAUGAGAAAAUUUGCUUCAGAGUUUUAGAAGGCAGUGCAUGAUUUUUGCACAAUACAGUUGCCAAUUAAAACUUAUUUUUACCAGGUAGCUUUUUGAUACUCGUGAAGACUUCAGAAUUCAAAGCUGUAAAAAGUGGAUUUGAGGGCCGUACAUGGAUGUGAAAUGGUUUUGUUUUUUUUAUUACAAAUUUAAUGUUCUAUUUUUUUUUUAAUGUACAAAUAUAAAAUUUUCUGAGAAAGGGUUGUAACAUAUGUAUUAUAGUGUACUUGGGCCUUUUUAAAAUACUGAACUUUGACUUAAAAACUAGUAAUAAAUCAUGUUUAUAUUUGAUGUA